UCACACUCGAACGAGACGAAGACGACGACGACGCAACUUGUAGCAGUAAAAAUAUUUAUACGAUAUUGCCGUGUUUAAACGAUUUAACCAAACUAAAAAUUAUUUAAACUCAAAGUGAAAAUGUGAACGUUGUGUUUGCUUUCGAAAUGACAUCAAUUUAAAAUGCAUUUCAACGCAAUAGCACUCUGUGAAAAUUUCGUACAGGCAAAAAAGAGCCGAUUUUUAGUGGAAGAAGAAGCAGCAGCCGAACAGGCAGUAAAAGCAAUCGUCGAAUACACGGACAAAGCGUACGGCGAAUGAAAGGCAUGUGAAGAGAAAACUUGCAAAAAUUAAAGCAGCAGCAGCAACAACACAGCGGCGGCAGGCAAAAAAGUGUGUUUAGAAAAGAAAUUAAAAACACACGAACAUAUACAUACACACAAUCAUGCAAAACGAAUAAACACACACACAUAUAAAUACAAGAGAAUUGGUGCAAAAGCUAAUAAUAAAAAACGAAGUAAAAUUGCGCGCGGUUUAAUAAUAAAUAAUUAUAUGUAUGUGCGCAAUACAUGUGAAGAGCCGGGGAGCCGCUAAUACAAAUACGAAUACGAAAAAUCAAUGAUUGUAAUAAAAUUCCGUAUUCUCGCUAUCGCUCCUCCCUCUCGCCCUGCCGCUCUCUCACUCGCUCCCGCUCUCUCUGCCUCUCUCUACUCUCUUUCGCGAGCGCAGCAGCAGCAGCCUCUCGAAUGGUGUGUUUGUGUUUCUUGUUGAUUUUGUGAUAAAAUUGCAAUCAGCAGCACACGACACUCGCCAAAAUAAUAGUAUUAAAAGUAUUAGGGCGUUCACAAUACGACACAUAGCCAAAGCCAACAGUAAACAACAAAGUGGUUGUGCAAGAAGAAGCAGCAACAAUCAGGCAAAAAAAUACCUGAAAAAAAUAAACGGUAAAACGAAGAAGUGGCGACAUACACACGCACACACGUACGGCGAGAGCGCGCUAAAAAGUUUAUUAACUAAAAUCUGAAAAGUAAAGGCACACCACGGUGCGUUUCGUUCCCCAUUCGCAGAAAUAUAUAUUUUAUUAAAAAUGGUGGAAGUAAUAGAGCGGCGGAGAACGGCUGCGUGAGCCAAAGCGCGGCCAAUUAAAAAACAACAACAGCACAGCAGUAGCAGCAGCCGCUAAAGGAAAGAAGAAGACGUCGACGACGAAGAAGCUGAAGCUGAAACAACCGAAGAGGAGGAGACAGCAAGAGCCUCGAAAAGUACAUAAAAAAAGUAUAAAAAUUUAAAUACGCUCGAAGUCGGUAGACAAAAAGCGAACUAGCGACGAAAGAGAGGCGAGAAAACCCAAACUCCGAAAUCAGACAACCACCUUACCCAGCGCAACAAUAGCAACAACAUCAUCAGCAGCGCAACAACAACAAAGCGCAACUACAGCCAACAACCAACAUCACACAAACAAAAAUGUACGGCAAAUCAAAGACAUCGGCGGUUCCAUCGGACGCCCAGGCCCGCGAAAAGUUGGCCCUGUACGUGUACGAGUAUCUGCUGCACGUUGGAGCCCAGAAAGCGGCACAGACAUUCCUCUCGGAGAUCCGAUGGGAGAAGAACAUAACGCUGGGCGAACCGCCGGGAUUCCUGCACACCUGGUGGUGCGUCUUCUGGGACCUGUACUGUGCGGCGCCAGAGCGCCGGGAUCAGUGCGAUCACAGCUCGGAGGCCAAGGCCUUCCACGACUACGGCUUUGUUAGCUCCGGCUACGGAGUGAACGGAAUUGGACCCGGAGGACCCCACAAUGCUGGCGGACCAGCGCCCAGUCCCCUGGGACAAAUGCCGCCCGGCGGCGAUGGCGGUCCAAUGGGUCCCGGCGGACCAAUGGGCCCGAAUUUUUUCCCGAACUCGACGAUGCGACCAUCGCCACCGACGCACGCCUCCAGUCCGCAGCCGCCGCCGUCGCAAAUGAUGCCAGGCCAGCCACCGUUCAUGGGCGGACCCCGAUACCCGGGUGGACCGCGGCCCGGCGUGCGUAUGCAAGGCAUGGGCAAUGAAUUCAAUGGACCUCCCGGCCAGCCCAUGAUGCCCAACAGCAUGGAUCCGACACGGCCGGGCGGAGGGAUGGGACCGAUGAAUCCGCGCAUGAAUCCGCCCCGUGGUCCUGGCGGCAUGGGACCGAUGGGCUACGGCGGACCAGGUGGGAUGCGCGGCCCAGCACCGGGACCCGGAGGAAUGCCGCCCAUGGGCAUGGGCGGAGCGGGCGGAAGACCGCCGCAAUGGCAGCCGAACGCUUCGGCGCCACUGAAUGCGUACUCGUCAUCAUCGCCAGGAAACUAUGGACCCGGUUCGAAUGGACCGCCGGGACCGGGAACGCCCAUAAUGCCGUCGCCGCAGGAUAACACACAAGGCGGACCAGUGGGCGGACCCGGCGACAGCAUGUACGCCCUGAUGAAACCCGAGUUCCCGAUGGGCGGAGGGCCGGAUGGCGGCGGUGGAGGAGGAGGUCCCGGCGGAAUGGGGCCGAUGGGCGGCGGGCCAAAUUCAAUGGGCCCCGUACUUAAUGGCGGCGGUGGACCCGACGGGUCCGGUUUGGAUGGCAUGAAAAACUCGCCGGCAAACGGAGGACCUGGGACGCCGCGCGAAGACUCUGGCAGCGGUAUGGGUGAUUACAAUCUGGGCGGAUUCGGCGGACCCGGCGAGAACGAUCAAACGGAAUCGGCGGCCAUUCUCAAAAUCAAGGAGAGCAUGCACGAGGAGGCCAAGCGGUUCGAAAAAGACACAGAUCAUCCGGACUACUUCAUGCCAUAACAACAUCACCAGCAACAGCAGCAGCAGCAUCAGCAGCAUCUCAACACGGUGGCAGCCGCUGUGGCAGCUGUGGUGGCGGCUGCGGCGUCCAACGGAUCGGCGGCGGGCAGCUCCUCGGCCGCUUCCAUUGCGGCUGCUGCUCUUGGGGCCGCCGCCUCCAAUCUGCUCAGCAAUGGCAACAACAAUUUCUGAAGGCGAAGACCACACGCAACACCACAACACACGGCAAAUAAGAACGCGGUAGUAGAAAUCCUUGAUACAUAAGCAUAAAGUAAUUAACAUUUAACGCAUGUAUGAGAAAUAGAAAAAGCGAAACAAAAAAAGAUAAAGCAAAGCCCUUAAAUAUAAUAGACUAAAGCAGCAAAUGUAAAAUUGUGAAAGGAUCAAACGGGCGCAGAAGCUUUCUGUUGCCACUGCCACUGCCCUUAGUCCUGGAUUUCUCGCUGUUGAUUUUAGAUUAGUUCGUUUCGUUGUUGUAUUCUAUGCUUAACUUUAGUUUUCGAUCGAAAAUUUAACUCGUAAAAUGGCACUGAAACUCAGGAGGAGGCCGCAGGGCAGUGGCGGUCAGAAUAGAAGUGUUUUCCGGCAAAACUUGAGAUAAUACUGAAAAGUAAAGAAAACAAAACCAAGCAACAAAAACAGUAAUCGUAAUGAACAAACAAAUGCGGCCGAGCUUCUGUAAGUCGGACUAAAACCAUGUUCGCCUUAUAGACGUUCGACUGUAUGCUUAAAGUAAUGUUAAACAUGUAUGCAACAAGUUUAGUGAGCCUUGUGUUUAGUUUAGUUGUUGCAAGCACUCACCUUACUGCAACUCCCAAGAUCCAUUCGCCUGUCCCCUAAUUAUACCCAUUCACUUGCUUAUAUAGAAAACAGAUACAGACUACAUAUUCGCAGAUCGCAGAUCAAUUGUUUUUAAGCAAGGCAGCAAAUCGAAAGCAUGCAUAUGAAUGGAAUAAUUAUAAUGAUAUGCAUAAUACCUAGUUGAGUAUAUAGUUAGCAUUAUUGGACUUGUAUAUGGAUAGUCUGUAACCACACUCAUUCACAUGCACUCAUCUUGAACUGCGCUCCAUUUUGCAGAAUGGGCAAUGUCUAGAUCGUUUCGCUUGGCCCAAAUUUUAUUCGUUUUCAAUUCUCAUUGUACAAAUUGUAAACUCGGCACUUUGUGAUCGUUUCCUUACGCUUCUAUUCAGUCUGCCGUCUGUGUUUGUUUGGUUGCUCGUUCAAAACGUAUUUGUUGUAUUGUUUUGUGUCUUUUUGUCUCUCCCAUUUGUCGUAUGCGUUUGUAUGUAUUUAUGUAUUUUAACCAAACAACUAAUAUGUAAAUCGUUAUUUAAGUUCCUUCCAACGGCGAGCAAUACCACUUGUAUGAGAUGAGAUAUAACACGAUAUGUACGAUUUUCCUCACUUUGGAGAGCGGCAACAGUUUGCACUCGUUUCGAUUUCCUCACGGCAUUGUGUGUGCAUUAGGGCAGCGAAUGAAAAUUAUAUGAAAAGCUAGCUAUAUGUAAACAUUAUAUAUAGACAGAACAGAAACAGAUACAGAUGUAGCCUAUUGUAUGCACUAAUUUAUUGCAAAAUAGCUACGCGCAUAACUAUAAGAUUUAGCUGUUUAAUAUGCAUAUAAAGUAUAUAUUAUAUAUUUCGUAAAGGCAGCAGAAGCAGCGACAAUUGUAGAAACAUACCCUAAUGAAAAGUUUACUUCAAAAUAUCACACUUAACUUGAAUGCUGUACAAACAAAAGUCGUAAAGUGCAUAAUAUAUAAAUAAAUCUAAUAUACACACUGUA